AUGUCCAGUCGACCACCAUCCCCAGACCCCAGGCCAGGACUACUCAGACUCCCCCCAGAGAUUGUCUGUAUGUUGACCAACUUCAUCGACGAUAUCAGGACAUUUACCAAUGUCUCCUCGUCCAACAAAUACUUAUACAAUUCCCUCAAACUCACACACCCACAGACAAUCCUCCGUCUAGCAGCAGGCUCAGGUCCAGCCCUAUUCCAACCCCACCCAACCUUCCUCGUCACUAUCACAGCCCGCUCAGCCAGCGCCUGGGCCCUCACGCAACCGAACCGCGACGAAAUCCUCUGCAAAGCAUUCAGCGGGGACAUCGACACCCUCUACGAGUUCUGUCUCACCCACGGCACACUCACCCUAGCCCAAAUCCGCAAAACAUACAAGCAGCGCUUCUCCAUAAUCAACCGCCUCUCUGCGUCCGUCCAGCAGCUAGGCUGGAAAUGGGAGCUACACCCAGGCUACUUUGAAAACACCGACUACAAGCCCGCUAGACGGAAGAAGAGAUACGACGCCAUGAAGCCGCAAACCCUUUGGAUCGAAACCGCUCUCCCCGUAUUCCAGAUCAUCAUCUACGGCGAGCUGUUCGCACAGAGCAUGGAUGCCUUCCUAGCGGAUCCUGAGGGCAAAUCCCUACCGCGAUUCAGCAAGAACACUCGCAUGGAAUACCUCCGCACGCUUCCUAGUAGCAGGGGAGGCUGGUACUACGAUUUCGUGCAUCUACUAGAAUGGGUUGCCGUUAAGCCCGGAUGGGAAAUGAAAUGGACGAGGGCGAUACGCCAUUAUCUGGAUCCCGAGUGUGUCCAGGAUACAUGUAUCCCGGGUAAUGCAUCGCUUGGUUCUCAUCAGCAUGCGCCGCGGGAUCCCGCGAAGGCGAGGCUGCUGAUGAGUGCGCUCGAGAUGCAGGGGUUGGAUGGGAUGGGGUUUAUUCUGUAUAAGCGGCCUGAGAGGUUGUCGGGGCAGUAUCUGGAUGGUGCGCUGAGGAUCAAUGAGCAGGUUUCAAGGCUUAGCCCGUCUACGUGUGAGGCUUUUGAGGUGCCUGAUGUGCGGCGCGAGUUGGCUAGUGUGUGGAAGGAAUUUCAUGCGUAA